AUGGGCAGACGUGAUACCAGUGGAACCAGCAUCAUUGCUCCGACAUGGUCACCUACACUACGGCGACUUCGUGCCGAUUUCUUAGUGUCAUUGCCUUUUUUUCCUUUUACCGAUCCGACAAAAGUCUUCCCCCUCUUGACUUUCGUCUGUCAGUCAUCAUUUCUCUCUCGCGCAAGUGUUUGUUCUCAAAGCAGGCAAGGUAGUUUCAGGAGUCAACAGGAACAAACCAAAAGAAAUGGGGAUUUGGACUAG